GUUGUAGCAGCGGUAGGCGGGGUUUCACUCUCACACUAAAUAUUCAAAAUGGCGGACAGAGGAUCAACGACUCAAGAUGAGCGCUCGACUGCAGAUUCCAGCGGCCAUCCAGCAGAUCUGAGCAAAAGCAGCAUGGAGAACGGAGCAGCAGCAGCUCAGGCCAGCGGUCUGGACGGCCACAAAACAAACGGACAAGCGGCAGGUGCGAUGAGCAACGUUCAGGCGCAGGCGCUGCUCCAGCAGUUGAGUUUGACUCCAGCGCAGCUGUUGCUGCAGCAGACGCAGGCGCAGCUCCUCGCCGCAGCCGUGCAGCAGUCGGCAGGUCAGCAGAGCAGCACCACUGGAGCCAAUAUCUCCGCCUCCGCGGCCACGCCCAUCACGCUGUCCCAGCCCAUUCAGAUCGCGUCCCAGCUGCAGCCGCAGGGUUUGAACCUGCAGCAGUUUGUCUUGGUUCAGCCGGGUCACUCCAUCAGUCCUCAGAUUCAGCCGCAGUUCAUCAUAUCUCCGUCUCCUCAGGGUCAGACCGGUCUCCUGCAAGCUCAGAACUUCCUGACUCAACUACCUCAAAGCCAAGCCAACCUCCUGCCAGCGCAGACCAGCAUCGCUCUCACCACACAGGCGGCCACACCGACGCGUAAGAUCGCCGCCAUGCCGGCUCCUGCGGCGGCCGCUCCGAAGCGCAUCGACACGCCGUGUGUGGAGGAGGCCAGCGACCUCGAGGAGCUCGAGCAGUUCGCCAAGAACUUCAAGCAGAGACGCAUCAAGCUGGGCUUCACUCAGGGUGACGUGGGGCUGGCGAUGGGGAAACUCUACGGAAACGACUUCAGUCAGACCACCAUCUCCAGAUUCGAGGCCUUGAACCUGAGCUUCAAGAACAUGUGCAAACUCAAACCUCUGCUGGAGAAAUGGCUCAACGACGCAGAGAACAUGUCUGCUGACUGCGUGGUGUCGAGUCCGAGCGAAAUGUCUCCGGGUCUCUGUGAGAGUCUGAACCGGCGGCGUAAGAAGCGGACCAGCAUCGAGACCAGCAUCCGUCUGGCCUUAGAGAAGAGCUUCCUGGAGCAGAGUCAGAAGCCGUCGUCGGAGGAGAUCACACUGAUCGCGGAUCAGCUGAACAUGGAGAAGGAGGUGGUGCGCGUCUGGUUCUGUAACCGCAGGCAGAAGGAGAAGCGGAUCAAUCCUCCCAGCAGCGGCGGCGGAUCGCCCGGAUCGGCCAUCAAAACCAUCUACAGCAGCGCCACGGCCGCGGUGUCCAGCGGCACAAACACGCUGACGGUCAGUCCUGUGGUUUCUCUGAACAGCAGCGGCAUCUCUAACCUCACGCUCAGCGGCGGAGCUCUGGGUCAGGUGACGUCGAACACGCCGUCCGUCAUCUCCAUGGCGCCCGCCAUAGCCACGCCCGCUCCCGCCGUGACGUCGCCCUCGCUCACCCCGUCCGCCACCGCCGUUAAACAGGAAGCGGCCGCGCAUGCGGUUUCCACGGCGACCACGGUCACGCAGGGGACGGGGCAGCUGCUGGUGACGGGCACGGGACUGGGCGGGGCUAAUCUGACUGCCGUCACGGGUUUGAACCCAACGAUCAUAACGCCAUCACAGCUGACGCAAGGCGGGACGCUGCUGAGUUUGGGUCCUGCUCUGGGAAACGCGCUGAUGAACAACAACGCGCUGGCCACCAUCCAGGCUCUGGCGUCGGGCGGCGCUCUUCCUCUGACCUCCAUCGACGGAAACACCGGCCUGCUGUUCGCCAACGCCAGCGCGGGAAACUCCGCCCCCAGUCUGGUGACCACGCCCCUCUUCCUCAACCCGUCCAGCCUCUCUCUGCUGCCGGCCAAUCUGCUGUCGGCGGGCGGGGCCGGAGGCGGCGCUUUCAACCUGCAGCUGAUGAGCGACGUGCAGCAGAGUCCCGUCGCCGCGACGACCAAGGGCGUGGCCUUGGCCUCGAAGGCGCAGUGAGCGCGCGCGGCUCCGCCCCGAUACCAAAAACCGACCCACGCCGUGCUUCCUGCGACCGAACGCGGAGAGGAGACGGGCAGGACGGAACUUUAUUUUUCGAUCUGUUUCUUAGACUAACAUCUAAAUUAACCAAAAAUGUGACUCUUUCCGAUUCUCGACGAGAGAUUAUUUCGCGUAACAGAGUUUAUACGGACUUUCUACGAGGCUUUCUGUUGUUUUUAUUUGCGGCUCCGCGAAGCGGGCCGGCCGUAGACGAUUUAAGAUUUCUAACCAAAAGCGUUUCAGAUGUUUUAUGUUGCGUCGGGUGGAGGUUCCGUCGGAUGACUUUUUAAACUAGUACUCUAACUCGACAUCACUUUAUCAAUACGGUUAGAAGGCUUUAAACUAGUAAUAACGGGUGUCGGCGAGCGCCGCUCCCGCGAGAGAUGCAAACGAACUCUGAGCGAACUCUGAUUCUGAAUCGAGUUCAUUCAGCUGAAUCUAUUAAAUCUGUGUGAUUCGCUCACGUCUGUCUGUCGUGUCGAACGUUUCUUUCCCGUGUUUCUGGCGAUCUGAGAUCUCGAGAUUCUGUGGAGAAAGCGUUCCUCCGGCCUGAUGCCGCGGGGUUGAAUUUCUGUCAGACGGACAGAAUCGCACGAGAAGCUGCGACCAAAGCCGGUCUCCGUUCAGUCGGACGGGGGCGUGUAGCGAGCGCAGGGGUCAGAGGUCAGGAAUCCCUCCAGCACUGAUGCUAAAGCUGCUUCCUGUGACGCGCGGAUCUUCGUCCGAAGACUCCGCUCUCUCAUACUACUGUGUACAGACGCGCUUGCGCUUCACUUGUGUUUCUUUGCCAAAGCAAACGUCUUUUUAACUUCUGCUUUCAUGACGCGUUUAACACUGACGUCGUCUCGUUGUUUUUAUCUGCUUUCCGACAGUCUGCGCUAGAAACACGCGUGACGUUAUCAGCGGCGUCCGCUUCGUUCCUCCGCUCGCUUCUUUAUUGCUGCGGCGGCAUCGAUCUGUUGUUGUCGCUGGCGCUGUGUGGUUCAUGAUGUUGCGAUUGUGUGCGAGCAGCAGCGCUUCAGUUUCAUCUUUAUUGUUUUCUGCAGGAAUGAAAAUGCAGAUGAAAACCAAAGAGUCAUCAGCGUCUGUCUUUGUGCCGCCCUCCGUUUAACACACGCUAUAUACCAGGAUUAUAUAGAAAUAUAUGAAAAAACAUAGUUUUAUUUUGUGGCUCCCAAAGCAAAAAUCCUCUAAAGGAUGAAAACCAAAGAUUUCUCACUUUCUCUUUGCCUUUUCCUUGAUUUUUUUUUUUUUAUGUGUAAUUAAUUUGAAAUCAUGAACACAUUCUAGUCUUUAUGACGCAGAGAUCUGAUGAUUGAUUUUCUGAUGGAAUCUUGUCCAUCUCGAGACGCUCUUCUGUGUGUGUGUGUGUGUUUCUCUACAGAAUGUGUUUAUGAUACAGAAGGGCUGUUCACACACACAAACACACCCUCUGUUCUUUCUGUUGUUCCUCUGCAGGUUUUCGUUGAUUAAUCGACUCUGGCGCUUCAGUUGUCGUUGUUUGCCGUAGAAAUGAACUGCUCUGGGUUUGUGCGUUUGUCUGUAUUUUCGUCAGACGAUGAGUUUGUCGUGUCGCCGUUGCUGUAGUUGUAGAUUUCAUUAAAUGUUUUUCUCAGACUGUG